UUGAUCUUUCGUUUCAUUCGCCCUCGUAGCGUGCUGAGUUCGAGUGGGGUGAUUUAUCGCACUGAUAGAUACUGGACCUAGCUUUCAAGAUUGAACGUAUUGGUGCGUCUGCUUCGUUCGAGGACACGAAUUUCAUUCUUUUCCUCUAACCGUUGCAAACUCCUCGAUCAGCGGCCAAAAUGAUCAAGAUGCAAGGAACAAGUUUAAGCAGCAUGAAGAAGCAUCCCGCUCUAAUCCCACUGUACGUUUGUAUAGGAGUGGGAGGAUUUAUUGCGACAUUUUACACAUUACGUCUAGCAUUCCGCAGUCCUGAUGUCUCUUGGUUCAAUAAGAAAGAAGCUGAGCCAUGGAACUCCUAUAAGGAUAAACAAUACAAGUUCAUAUCACCAGUCAGAGAUUACAGCAAAGAGAAGAGCCAAGCACCUGAAUAUUAAGUUGCACCGUGUAACUAGUAUUGUUGUAGGAAUAAAUUGUUAUAAUUACUUCCUUCAAGUAAUUUAGAUAUAAGCUCCUUUUGUGAGAUUGCUGAUAUAGUCUAUUGAUAACAGCACAGCAAUCUUGAAAUAUGUUUGAAAGGAUAUUAUAUUUACUAUUAAAUGUAAAUUAUAUAAUUGUCUGUAGAAAUUUAUUUAAUAAAAAACUUAUCUGUGCUGUGUAAUCGGUACUAAUACAAUGUAAACUAAUAUUUUGA